AUGGAACAGUAUGGAUGCUAUCAUGAAUUUUCAGAUUGUGGCUUCUGUAAACACCGAUUUCAAACUCUCAAGGAAUGGCGCAUCCACGCAGCAAAGAUCCACAGACGAGAUGGGUAUUGCGCUGCCUGCACGUACUACUUGACUCUCCCACAUGCUUUCACGACUGAACAGAAGCAGGCAGCCGUGGAAGUGCACAUGCUCUACUGCUGUCCAAGGGCACAUGAAUCGAUUUUAGAUGACAGGAGAGUCAAGCGCAACAGAUUAGAGCUGACAGAAACGGGUGAAAUGGCACAGCAUCUUCACUCUCCAGGUGAGAUAUUUUUCUAUUAA